AUGUUCAAGUCAGUAACACGAUCUUUGGCACUUAGGCCGACAUUUAUCCAACCAGUGAGAGCAUUCCGCUAUUUAAAGAAAACAUUACCUACAGUUUAUGAGCCACUUCCACCAAAGAGAAAUGGUGAAAAUAUCAUGCACUAUGUACAGAAACAAAUGCUAGCCAAGCAUGAUCCUACAGGAAAAAGAAGAGCGCUUCUCGAUUCGCUGAAUGGGUUACGUGCGGGAGACAUGAUUAAGAUAUCAUUCACAAACAGAAAUGAUGUUAUUGGAAGAAUCAUUGCCAUCAAGAGAGGAUAUAUGAACUUGGGAUCAAGUAUAUUAUUGAGAACCAAGUUGGGAAGAGUUGGGUCUGAGAUCAGAGUUCCGGUUUACAAUCCCAACAUUAGAAAUAUUGAAUUGCUUCAUAAACCAGAGAAAUACUUGCCAAGACGUACACAAUACUAUAUCAGAGAAAAGAGGAUAGAUGUUGGUGAUGUUGAAGCAUUUGUGAAACGACACCAAGCUGAAAAGGAGAAAGCAAAUUCCGAGCAGAAAUAA